AAUUUCAUCAGUGACUGUAAUCCUGCUGGGCUGCGGUCGACUGGCGACUUACCAUCAGGACACAUUUUUAGACUUGAUUUUAAUUUCCACGCGUUGUUUCCUAGUUCAGAAAAAGUAUUUUUAACCAUGGGUCUUCUUAACGGCGAUGGAAACAAUGGUUUUUAUUACAGCCCGUACAUUGAACACUAUGGUAAUGUGGACAAUCAUCUUCUGUCUUCAACGGAUGAUGAGUCAGACUCCCAGUCGGCCACUAAUCUUCAAUCUCCGGCCAGACGUCGCCAGCGACCAGCCAGAUCACACAUUUCAGUGUCACAAGAAAAUCUGUCAAAUUAUGGACGCAAAAGAGGAGUGCGCCGAACAAGGAGAGUGGAUAACCUAAAAUACUUGAUCAAUCUGGAAGAAAAGGAUGAGGAUCUAGGGGACAACAACAACAGUCCAUCUGCCAACUUUGAACCAAGUUCCACGCUGUUUGAGAAACUCUUUGAGGACUCUGAAAAAAUGAAUUUCUGGAAUGCCUUCAUGGAAAGCUCUGAGGAGGACCAGAGGAGAGUUCUGAACUACCGGGGUCUUCAUGACAUCCAAGAGGAGGAGGAAGAAGGAGAUGCGGCUUACAGCAGUGGGGGAGCUCAAACUGCCGAGGAUAGCUGGGUCAUGAUCCUGGAUGAAAGAAGUGAUCAUCCAGCCUUCACUCCCAAGGAAUGUUAUGGCCGUGUGGACAGGAAGCUGAAAAAUCUGCUCAAAAGAAGACAGUUGCCAAUGGGCAUGCUGGCGAACCUGGAGAGGGAACUGGUUACGUUCUUCCAUGACUGCUCUUCGUCUGUGUACGUGUGUGACAUCGCAAGUAGCUAUGAGAGGCUCCUGUUGCACGCCCUGUGCCAGUACCUCAACCUCCACUCACAGAGUUAUGAUGACAAUGGCUCUCGUAAAACUCAGGUUGAGAAUAGACAUGCUCAGUUUCGUCCCCCUUCAUUACUUCUCUCGGAGUACCUCCAGAGGAACCAGCAUACGUUGUGAAUUCGUCUAAUGGACCUUCUGGCUCAGGGUGUUCAGGUGUUUUGGAAUGGUAUUAUCAAGAAAUUGUACAAAUUUUGUACAGGGGUUCUACUCUCAUUAGAAACUUGUCUGGAUAAGAAAACACUCUUAAAAUGUCAGCUGUGAUCUUUGUUUAAAAAAAAAAAAAUCUUGAAAGAAUUCAUUCCCUUGCUAAGGUCAUAGAAAAGCAAUGAAAAGGAUAUUCAAAGUGGUCACUCCAAACAAAUGGUAAGCGGACUCCUCUUUAUGUCUGUGGACAUUUUUGAGUAGCAGAUUCAUUUUGUGUCCGUUUGCAUCACAUGAGGAAGAUGUGCUAUGUAUUAUUGUGUAUAGUAUUUGGAAGUGAAAAAUGUGCAGCGUCUUUUGACGUACAGCUGUUAUUGUAAAGUGUAAUUGUGAUAUAUAAUAUAUAUAUAUACAUAGAAAUGCUUAACUGUCAGUCAGUGCUGGGUGGGACGCAAUGGAAGCUGUGCUGGGGGCAUCUCCUUUGUGUUUCCCUCUAUGUCUCAACUUUCAGCAUAUAUUCUAAUCCGCUGUAAGGAAAAAGGUUGUUGUGCCGAGCCUGCAAGCAUGGCAUUAAAUGUACAGGUUUUUACAUGCUCCUUGGCUGUUGGGCCAAAGGGCACAGACCCCAUGGCUACUAGAUUCCUAACAUCACCAACACUAUACUUCUUUUGUGAUUGUAAUUUGAAUGUGUAGUUCCCUUGUUUUGUCAGAGCAAAGACAAACAGUUUAUGCUUUAGUAGGAUGAUGAACAUGCGAAACUGACCUAUGAUCCUGGAGCUAAGCUGUAGUGCUCGUUGGGAAAUACCAAAGCGAAAAACUGGUCUAUAUAAAAAAGGAAAUCGUAAACCAGUCUCUGUGAAUGAGAAAGUGAACCAAACGAUAAUAGUUUUUUACUGAUCAAAAUAUUAUUAUUGCCCUCUCAUGUGAAUAGUGUACUAUUGUUUGCUGAAUUUUUGGUGUUAUUUUAUGCUGUCAGUUCAAAAUUCAGUGAUGUAGAUUUUGAUGGAGCUGUUUUUUUCUUCAUCAUUCUUUUAAACAUUACUUUUUGAAAUUUUCUUGUUUUGUUCAUGAAAGUUUUUGGUUCAGUCGGAUGUAUUGUUUUGGUUAUUUAAGAUGUCAUUUUUUCUGCUUUAGGAAUUUCGUUUUGUUUCUUGUAGAUUCAGUAACAUCCUAAGAAAGACUCAUUCAGAUCCUAACAUGAAAACUUUUAAGUCACUUCGGGUUUGAAUGCUGCAGCAUUAAAAAAAAUUGAUUCCGUAAAAGACUGCCAAUUUUUACAGCACAUAUUGAGCAGGACUCGUGUGUGUAUGUGUCUUAAAAUAAAUGCAGGCAACUCCAUAUCUUCAGUGUUUAUAUUAUCAAUAAACCUGUAGACUACCAUCUGUUCCUCCUUGUGAAGACACACUGCUUCUCUUUGAACAUUUGUUAAAUUUACUUUUGUCCUUAAUUAGAUUUAUGAAGGAAGGUUUUUGUAAUUUUAAUAUAAUUCUUGAGUACCCUAGAUGUGCUUCUUUUUCUUAAGUUGUCUUGGUUUUGGUGAAUUUUGCAAAAUGUUAAUAAUUUCUUUCUCUUUGUUGUUCCUGUUGAGUGGUUUUACUGCUCACCCUCUACUUUCAUUGAGAAACUAACACCAUUUUCCUUUCUUUUUUUUAUAUAUAAUAUUUGUCCCCAUCAAAUGUGCUUAAAGAAAUUGAAGCUGAAGUAUGUUGAGACUUUAGAUGAUCCAAGAGUAGAAUUACAUUUAGAAUUCUCAACAGAAUAAUGUUAAGCAAUUUAAGGGUUAAAGUCAAACCAUGCCACUCUUGUUCAUGCUGUUUUCAGAUCAGUGCUGGUUUGUGAAUCUAUUAUAAAGGCAUUAAAUAGCAGAGGAGGUUUUUUUUUAAAGAGUGAUUUAUAAUCUUGUACUCUUUCUUUGGUACGGUGUUCCAUUUUCAUCGGAUCAAGGGUCUGCAGUAGUGGAUGUUCCCAGAAAAGUCUCCUUUUUAAGUUUCUAUAAUGUUUUUCAUCACGUUCACGUGUAUUAUUUUGUCUGAUUAAAAAAAAGCCUUCCCCCCCCCCCUUUCCUCUUCACCAGCGUCCUUCCUCCCUCCUCCCGCCCCCUCUCCAAAAUUAAGCAGAGUUUCCUCGCUCAGUGCAAUAGUCUUCAGUCUUAUCUACUUCCCUGGACUCUUAUUGAUCAAUCCUAGUUACAACUUUUAGUCUUCGCAUCAUGUAUAAAAUUCAUAGAUCAAACACAUUUUUUUGAAAGCCCUCCUGGUUUUGAACUCUUUGGUUCUCCCUUUUUUGUUUGCCAUAGUGUAGUGUUGUUUGGAUCACAAACCAUUUUACUUAGAUUUUGUAACCUGAAUUUGAACCAAAUGAUACUUUUGUGCAUGAACAUUCCUAUCUUCUUUUUAUUUAAAUAGGACCUGUGGCUGCAGUUAUAGGAAGGGGGAUUUUCAUUAAAACCUUAAAGUACCCCCCCUAUUUUUUUUUUACCUGUGAAAGCCCACCCCUUUUUCCUGAGUAAGCUACCCACCCUAGUGUUAGUGGUGCAGUGUUCAGUGUCUUUACUUAACACCAAAAGAUGCAAGUUUGAUUCCCAUGUCCUCAUGAGUCAUGUACUGGGAGAAUAAGAUGUUGAUAUGAGUAGUUUCUGCUGGUCUCAAACAUUGCAAAUAAAAAACUCUCUGAAUAGUAGAUCUAUGUGCUCUGUGUAUUCAUGUGUUCAGUGUAUUGAUAAAAUGGCAGUCGACAAUUAACCCUUGUCAUUACCCACAGUAAUGAUGAACAGAUAUACAUAUAUAAUUACCAAAUGUGACGUUUUCUUGUGAUGUUAUCUGUCUUGCACAUGUUUUCUCGCUUUUUUCAAUGGCAUUGUAAUUUUCUAGAAUCUUUUCAUUCCACCAAUGGCGAAAUUUGGCCUUUGCUAUGCUGAGUCACCACGAGACCUGACUACUGCUUUAAAUUUGAUAAUUAUUGUGCUAAAUGUCUAUAAAACCUGCCUCAAACCAACCUGCUGCUUUCCCCACGAAAACAAGUGUGGCUUUUAUUGUGUUGAUUCAAUAUGGAGCUGACCUGUGUUCAGUGAGCACUGCUUUUACCUUUGUACUAUUGUACUUACUAUAUAAUGUUUACCAGCAAUAUAUUGGAGGAUUUUUUUGCCAGACAAAUCGCUACCUUAGAAUUACAAAGUUCUAUCUGACAUUUUUGGCCCUUUUGAGUUACUAAGACUAUUAUUUCAGAAACCGAAUGUUCUAUCUGCCCUUCAAAAUCGUAAGAUUGUUCUGUGUCUUUAUCAAGAUAUAUUCAAAAAAUUGCAUUCUCGAAACCUUGACAGGUUGUGAAAAUCAAAAUUUUAAGGUCAAAUUUCUUAAAACUAGGUACAUGUUCUGAACUGAUAGAACUUUGUAAUUCUAGGGUAGCGAAAUGUGUCCCUGAGUCGGCAAUGCCAUCUGGUCUAUGAAAAGGCGGCUUGAAAAAAUGUAAUGGAGACUUGUAAAUGUUUCUGUGUCCACAUAAUGUACUUUGUCCUUAGUUUUUUCUAAUGUAAUGAAGGAUAAAAAGUGUGCUGCAUUUUAUGUUACUAUGUUAUGUGUAUUUUAUGGUGGUGCCCUCCAUAUCAGUUGCAUCAAUAAAGCUCAUUCUCCUCGCAUA